AAAACAGAAGCUUGAUAAUGUAGAAGUAGUGUGAGAGACAAAAGAGGAGCUUUUGUGUUUGUGUGCUAGUUGUUGCUAAAUGGCGCCUGACUAAGUUGAUAAGAAAGCUCAACAGUUUAAAGAAGGAUUUUGAGGAUGGUAUGGGAUCGGUGAGGUGCAGGAAGAGAGAGCGUGUGACCAAAAGGAUAUUUCAGCCCAAUUCCUGCGGCAAUGCCACAAAGAAAAGAAGAAAGUGCAGUAUCCAAGUUGAAGGACUAGUACGGGAUGAGGAUUAUGAGACAUUCUUGAUUUUUUUAGCUGACCAUGGUAGUGAUGUUGCUUAUAUUGACAAUAAGUGGGUGGAUGAACGGAAUGAUCGUUCUGAUGUCAAUGUCGUAAAAUAUGAUGAUGGCAAUGAAAAUGGUAUGUGUGUCGGUGAUGUUGGUGUCAACGUAAAUGGAAUGUCUGCAGAUGAUGUUGAUGUCAAUGCAAAUGGUAUGUCUGCGGAUGAUGAUGAUGUCAAUGCAAACGGUAUGUCUUCGGAUGACGAUGAAGUCAACGCAAAUUGUAUUUCUGUGGAUGAUGGUGAUGUUAACGUAAAUGGUAGGUCUGUGGAUGAUGGCAAUGACAGCUGUGAGGUUAGGUCUUUAGAUGUUGGUCUUGCUGGCGAUGGUGACGAGGAUCCUGAUUAUAAGAUACACUUGGCUAAAUUGACGAAAGGUGUAAAGUCCUGCAUAAACAAUAGGUCUGUGGAUGAUGAUGAUGAUGUCCACAUAAACGGUAGGUAUGCGGAUGAUGGUGAUGACAACGUUCAUUUUAUGUCAUUGGAUGAUUGUAUUGAUGAUGAGGAUCCUCAAUAUAAGAUAUUCAUGGAAAAUUUGAGGCAAGAUGGAAAGUCUUAUGUACUGGAAGUUGUUGGAGAUAAUGGGAAAUCAGAGCUGAUCACGUAUGAAGAAGAAGAUGAGAUACUAGACGGGACAGAUUUUGACACCCGUGAAACUUUGAAAAAAUCUCAGGUGAAAGAGAAGCCUGAUAUUCAAAAAACUUUGAGGAGGGGUAUGAAGAGAGAACGGAUACAUUGCCUUAAAAAUUCUGCUCUUCCUGUGAAUCGAGAAGUGACUGAGAGCCCAAGAACUGUUAGGUAUGAUAUGAGGAAAGAAAACAGGGCAAUUCUGGAAGAUUCUGUUCCCAAGAAAAAAAGUUUAGUGGUGAAGAAGAAUGUAAAAGUGGUAGAUCUGGGUCCUGUUUUCAAUAGGACAGAUGGGCGUUUUAAUAAAUUGCCUAGUUUAAGGGUUCCAUAUACUCCAGAAACUUUCAAAUAUUCUCCAAUGAAAAAGAAAACUGAACAUAGAAAAACCCCGAGUUUUGUGAUUACGGGAAAUGAAAGGAGCUCGAUAAAGAAGAAGAAGAAGAAUGUAGAUAAGAAAGCUGCAAAUGGUAGCACAGGGGAGCACACUAUUAAAACACCUCCUGUGGAGGCUGUUCAGUUUACCAAGCAAGGUUGUGCAAACGAGAAAGUUGCUAAAGGUAGUACAAAGGAGAGUCCUCUUAAAAGAUCUUGCGUGGAGGGUCUUCGUUUUGCCAAGCAAGUACGCAACUGUGGAUUAGAAGAUGAAGACUAUAUAAAGGUUUUAAGUUGUUUACAAUUUGUUGAUGAGAAAAUGCUAUAUUCACCUCCAAACGGGAGAACGGUGAUACUUGGUAACGAUGGACAGAGUUCUCCAGAUGUUGAAACGAAAGUAGAACCAUCUGAUAAAAAUUUUACAUCAUUUGCUGCUGUGGAUGCAGAGAGUGGGCGGUGCGUUAAAACUCGUGAUGCAAGUCAUUCACAGUUUAGGAAUGGGCUUAUGAAGAUUCUUAACAGGCCUUAUGACUAUGAAGAGUAUAGAAGGCUCUUGAAAGAAGCGACUCACCAAAAGCCAUUGGGGUACGACAGAAAUCUGUGUAAUGGAACCUGUUCAAUAGAGGAGGAACUCGGACCUUCAUAUCUAAAACAGCACAUAGUCCUGAAGAGAAAGAUUAAGGCAGCUCGCGGUGACCGCCCCAGAGUUUUGAAUCUCUUGCGGGGGUUUUUCUACUGGCUGAAGAAUGUGGCCCAAGAUGAAAGCUUCUGUCCAUGGAACGACUCAUCUUGUUUGAAAGUGCUUCCGCCAUCUGAUAAGACUUGAAGGCAACUGUGAUAAGAAAAGGGGGCUUGUGGAGUAGUAAAUACCAACCAUAUGUGAAGUCAAGGGCUCUGGCAUCCAUGUACUUUAUUUCGCCAUCUUAUAGCAGCUUCCGUAUGCAGUGCUGGAUGUCCGAACCGAUCAGACGGAGAGUGUACUCUGUCAAUGGAGCUCCCUGAUUCUGCACAUAGAAAUGUUAAUAUCUCAAUAAGAAACAAGACCUUGAAGGCCAGGUUACAACUCUAAAUGUAACGGAAACAUGGUCUUUCUCUGCAGUUGAGGCCAAUGAAAAAGAGGGAUACGGUCCAACCUAA